AGGUCCAACGAUGAACCCCCACAGUGCUCGUUAGACAAGCUUGAAACGAGUGAGCCCUUGAACAUGCUGACUGCGGCCGCCCUUUCGAAACUCGACGGGGAGAAGCCAGUGGUGCACAAGGUGCCCUUCGCUCGCAAUGCAUCUAACCCUCCGGCAUCAGAGAUCUCUACAGGGGCAUCGACUGCAGUUCAUGAGAGGCCUGUUCGAUCAACGGCGACAUUCGGACAAUCCAAAAGGGAAAGAUUCGAGACUCGCC